CGCAUAUGAUAUGGUAUUGCUAUGCGCCUGUCAGUCAGACUCCAAUUGAUACCGCAGGUCUCCAUUGCACGCUUCGACAUGCGCCCGUUUGAACACAGCUGAGCGGAUUCUGACUAUGAUGCGUCGCUUGUAUUACUUCUGAGCAAUUAGUCGUGAGAUCUUCCGAUCGAUCGCCGCCCAUGCCGCGGAGAACGAACUGCUAGCCGCGCUUCCUAAUUUUCCUGCUUUCUUUUCUGUUCACUACGCCCCGGUCCCUGGCGCAUAGGCCCAGACCACCGAGUUCACAAUGCCCACACCAGCUACUACCUCAAAAACGAACCCCGGGGUCGUCAAUGCCGGAUCACGGCCUUAUCGGUCUCACAAGGUACGUGCAUGCGAUCUCUGUCGCAAGCGCAAAUCGCGAUGUACCGUCGAUAUCCCGGGUCAAUCCUGCGUUCUAUGUCGAGUUCAAGGCGCCGAUUGCCAUUACCAGGAGGACUCUCUUCCAGACGAAACACAGCUUCUCGAUACGGACGGCAGGCACUCGCCGUCGCAGGCUCUUGCAGGGACCAAAAGGAAGCGAGGGGCGCAACCAAAUGCGCCGGAUGUGGAUGGCGGCGCAGAACCACCAUCGAAUAAUGGCACUGGGGCAUUAUCCUAUAGCGCUCCUAGCGAAGAUCGCAACGGAGAUCGCAUGCGUAAAAAGAGUGAGGACCGCCAAAACGAAUCCGUGCUUAUCGUGGGUCCGGUCGCCGCAGAGGACGCACAGGUCAUCGAGAAAUUUAUGCCUUCGGAGCAAUCAAACAAGUCGGUAGAGAAGAGUAACAAACCUUAUAAUGUGUAUUCAAACGAUCCGCGGAAACCUAUCUUAUAUACCAAAGUAUCGAGGCGUCGGCAAGGCGUGCGUCUGGGGUUUCCUCCUGGAGAAAAUCAGAAGGAGAUUCUUGAACAUUUACUGGGGCCUUUCAAACAAGAUCUCGUUAGACUCUUUAUAGAUCGAUUCAAUGUUGCCUUCCCGGUCUUUGACGGCCACGCCUUCUGGGAAGCCUACAUAUCCGGAUCAGAGGACGAGCCGCCGACUACGCUGCUCUGCCAUGUCUAUGCAAUGGCACUGGUUUACUGGAAACACACGCCUAAACUUGCUCGCCAUCCUAAACCUGACGUUCGUUAUGCCAUCAAUUUGACUGUGGCGGCGCUGCAUGAAGAUUACUCACAGCCCGGACUAUCAACAGUGGGUGCGGCACUACUUGAUCUCACCGGAAGACCUAUUUUCUCCAUGACGGGGAAUGCAAUCAGCUGCGGACGCUUGGUUUCGCUUGCACACUGUCUAGGCCUCAAUAGGGACCCCAGCAACUGGAAGAUCCCACUUGCCGACAAGAAGCAACGGAUAAGGCUGUGGUGGGGCGUCGUUAUCCAUGAUCGCUGGGGAAGCUUUGGGCACGGCGUCCCUCCUCAAAUCUCAAAGAUCCAAUAUGAUGUUCCCUUGCCGAGUGUGGAGGUCUUGGUGACCCAGCCGAGAGCUACCUCGCAACAUGUUCGCGCUGCGCAUUGCCAUAUCUCUCUCUGUCGUCUAACAGAGAUACUGGGGGAACUUCUACCGCUUGUAUACCAGCUACAAACUAAGCCCAGUCGUGAAACUUCUAAGCGACUGAGACACAUACGGACAGAUCUGGAUACAUGGGAAGAUUCCUUGCCCGAGUGGCUUCGCGCUCCUGUGCCGAAUUCAGAUACUCCGGUUAGCGGGGUAAGCAGCUUGCAUUUGGCGUUCCUUGCAACCAAAAUGCUCGUUUGUCGAGUAGAGCUACAUGAAAUCAACACUACGGAGAACGACCAGCCUGAUGCCCGGCGUUAUUUCCAGACCGAACUUCGAAAGGCCGCAGAGGAGAUUGUUCAUUUCAUGACAUCCUUACAAAGUGCCAAUUUCAGAGAGUUCUGGUUGCCAUACAGUGCAUUCCAUCUUACAUCCACUGCGACAUUACUUGUUCGCUGUGCCUUGGAAACAACAGACCAAGAAGUGUCUCGGUCCUGCUUGGCUAAUGUCGAAAACUUGCAGUCCCUCUUACGACGAGUGCGAGAAGAAGAAGACUGGGACGUGGCAGAUAUGUGCCUCGACCACUGCGAACGUAUUCUCAACAGAUACCCCGAAAUAAGCAACAUGGUCACCAUGGCCGCAGCCACCAACCAUCCGGAAGAGCAGCAGCCCAUAGGAGGCGGCUUAGAUGAAACCCUAUCUAUGACACCUGCCGCCAUUAUUCUUCCCGAAACUACGACUAAUAACGAUAUAGUCGAGGAUAUGAUGUCGAUUUCGGGAACAUUUGGUACCAUGGACGGUUUCCCGUUUGAUAUGACCGGAAUCUGGGAUGUAUCGGGGAUUCAGGAUGUGAGUUUUACAUGAGUCUGCCGGGCAUACCAGAUCGACUAUUCUCAAGCAUGGACGGGACUGUAUCGGCCUUAUAUUAUCAUUGCAGAUUUAGUAUGAUUUAGGACGUCGAUCCCCGAGCCGAUCCACCGCUAUAUCUCAAAUGAUACUUGACUCCAUCUCAUGAAAUACAUGCGCGUCGCGGCUAACUCAUUGGCAUCGCUCACCAGCGCCGUCUAUGACAUUUAGUUCUUUAGAACGAUAUGAAUAAAUGAUAUGGGAUCAAUCCGAUUAUCCACGACACCACGACAUAUAUGGCAAGGGUUGCAAACCCAAAUUCAUACUAGAAAGUUAGCUCUAGUGUAUCCUCAUCCCGAAAGGGGGUUUACCCUGCAUUUAAUGAAUGUGGUAUGAUGUGUAUGGUUACAAGUUUAAGAUUCAAUUGAUAUAAGUAUCUGAACCCUUCGAUCCUAAUGACCGAAACCGAAUGAGAAGCUCUAAAAGCAGCCAGUAUAGACC